CCGUUUCGGCUUCUAAUCCUCUCCCUUUCUUCUGUCUUUCUCGAUUGUUUCCGCCGUGGGAUGUUUCGCGUGUAUACGCGGUGGUAAUAUAUUACAAGUUGCUUGAAAAUUUCCCGGGUGCCAAGUAGAAAAGUCACAUCUCCGAUGUGCUGCUGCGAACAGUGCAACGAGGCGAUCGUACGAGAGUGCGCUACAUAUUGCGAAUUGUGUAUUGUGGCAGAAUCGUGUGCGUGCAAUUGCAUUCGCGUCGAUGCGGAUUCGCGGUUAUUACAACAAGCGAGAUUCCAUCAGGCCGUGAAAGCGUCGGAAAAUUGGAGCGCGUGUAAACGAAUCGACGCGUCGUGUAAGAAAAAAAAAAGUAGCAAUUAAAUAAAUAAAGUCGAUUAAAGUUUCUCUCCAAAAGUCUACUUAAAUUAAUCGGAGACUGUCUUUAUUGUCGUUACAGGCGCGUAAUUUGUUUUAUAAAUACUUUUGUUAUCGACAACUGUUGCAUCACUGAAUGUUCAAUAAUCUCGUCGUUUGAUGAGAUGGAUUGCGUCGAUCUGUCGAAUCGCCUCGUUCUUCGAGACGCAAAAUCAAACGCGAUUUUUCCAUCGCGUAACUCGGGCGUUUCGCCCCGCAACUUUCACCGGUGAUUAACGAUUAUCCGCGUGGCCGCGGCGGCGAUUCGCGUACUAAAGAAUAUAACGAAACAUUGCGCCGAUUCGAUCCAGCAAUCCCUGCCGCGGCAAUCUUCGAUUAGGCGAUCCCCGUACGAGUAAGAUUUUCGAGUUUCACUGACUGUUAAUUCGUUGCCUUUAACGUAUGCGAUGACGUAUGAUGAUCAACGAUCGUAUUGACGUAAAAUCGUUCCAUCUUUAAUACUCGGACAUUAUUUUGACACAGAAUUGGCGCGAUCGCCAAGCGGAUCGUUGUGCCAAUUGAGUGAAAAUUUGACUUGUGAAGAUUGAAAGACUGAAAGGUAUACGAAUCGAAAUAUUACAUCGCAAGAUUAAUCGUGCAACAAUGUUGGAGAUCGGAACCGUGUCAAGGCGACAGGCGCUGCGUAAUCAGAGGUGAAUUGUAAAACGUAUCAAACGUAUCGCUGUGACGUACGAUGCACCUGCAAUUAAUCUCAUCUCCCAUUUCACUUAACGUGCCUUCGCCGGCCAAGGAAUUCUGCGCGUAGAAGAAGUUUAAUGACAGCGGUGUGUGCCGCUCACACGGAACGAACACUCGUGAUCACAUAAAAAUUUCCAAGAUCCUGCAAUUCUGUAAUCUACAAGAAAGGAUAAAUACGUUUGCUGGGAAUUCGGUCUUUUUACAGAGUAAUAACGAAUUAGUAAUAAAAAUUAAAUUCUUGCGUGUAUUUGCUUUGAUUGCAUCGAAGCGAAUACAUCGUCAGCUUGAGUGGAGACGUAUCUGCUCGAGGUAUCGAGGCAUGUCGAACGACGACAAAGAAAGUAGAAGGUGGUCAAUCCUUUGAAAUCACAGAGUGUACUCCUAAAGAAACCGAAAUGGAUCGAAGUUUUAAGAACAACGCGGACUUCAAGAUGAAUCAACAGAACUUCAAGCUGAGCGACUUCGGGAUCGACGUGAAAUCCGGCCACGAGUCGAAGAGCGCUGGUCAGUGCAAGGUUCGACCAAGUGCUCAGGUCAGCCAGCGGAACGCGCACGUGCAGCAGCAGGUUGCGAUGAGCUCGGGAAGACUCGCCGCCGCGAGUGGCACGAAUCUGCUGCAGAUCGCGUGCAAUCGUUCACGGGCCGCUCCAAUCCUGUGCAAUACGCUGAUGACGUGCAACAGCAUCCAGCACAGCUCGAAUCAACCUGGACAGAUGCAGAAUGCGCCGGUGACGGAACGAUUUCAAGCGUCCAGUCCCGGCAACCUGUCCGCAACCGGCUCGAUCGUGCAACUCAGCUCGUCGCCCAAUUAUUGGAAACAGUACGGGGGCCAGGAGAGCGGGUAUGGCUCGGAUGAAUUUGGGCAGGACUCACCGAGAUACACGUCGCCAAAGGGUGCCAUUUACGCAGAUUCUUAUUAUAUCGAUGGUAAUACCGCAGGAACCGGUCCUGGAGAUCCGUGGACGGGUAGCGGCGGUGGUGUUCAACCCCCAUACAGUGGAUAUGCACCCCCUCACCUGGCACAGCCAGCCUACCCAAUGCACCUACCCCACGAUCCCAUGGCAUACUCGGCGAUGUCGCCGAACGGUGAAUCUGCAGCGCCGAUCCUGGGCUCGGCGGUGACCAGUGCGGCUUCCCUGCCGCCAAUGUCGACAUUCCGGGGUAGCGCCGCGGUCGCGGCGAACAGCGGCACAGGGGCGCCGUCCCCGGCAUCGUUGCAAUAUAGCCAUAGUCCUGGUGCACCGACGACCGCGCCUUCCGCGCCCAACGCUGCGCCCACGACGAACCAGCAAUCUACCACGGACGACACCCUCGGCAAGACCCUCGCAUCAGUCGUAAGCAACCGAAUUUUUCCCACGGACCAAUCAGUAUCCAGUUAUAGCAGUAAUCCAUCUACGCCCGUCAGUUCGCCGCCACCUUUAACCGGCUCGGCACCAGGCUGGGCACCUGGAGCCGCGCCAGUGUCUCCGCAUUUUACAGCGGAUCCAAAUCGUGGUAUUCACAUGCCGGCGCCUGAACAGCAGAGGCUAGACGAUGCCAUCGGCUUCCUUCGCGACCAUGCCGAGUUGGUACAGGGAACACGGAUGGAGGAACGGCUAGACGAUGCCAUAAACGUUCUGAGGAAUCACGCCGAGAGUCAAGUGGGCCUUCACCUCGGUCCGGUUGGUCCACAUGGCGGGAUAUACUCGCAUACCUCACCACCGCAGCUGGACCAUCUGACGAGUCCACAUCCUGCGGUAACGGUAACGCAACCUCAGGGUUCCUACCCCGGUCUUACGCCCACGCCCGAUACAGAUGGUUCCAUUAAAAUAGAAAGGUUACCUGUGACGAAUGCCAAAUACAUCUCUUUAGAAAAGAGAAAAGAUCCACCCGACAGUAGUGGUGGUGAGACGAAACCAUCGAGCAGCGAACUUGCAGCAGCAGGUGUAAUCGGGGCUGCUACGGUGAAUUCGACGUCGCAGGGAAAAGGGACGAAGAGAUCACGUAGAUAUUGUUCGAGCGCUGACGAAGACUGCGAUGAUCCUGGUACUAAAGCGGUGCGCGAGAAAGAACGUCGCCAGGCCAACAACGUGCGUGAAAGGAUACGUAUCAGGGAUAUCAAUGAGGCUCUAAAAGAACUUGGCAGAAUGUGUAUGACGCAUCUGAAGACGGAUAAACCUCAAACGAAACUCGGUAUUCUCAACAUGGCUGUUGAAGUUAUAAUGACACUCGAACAACAAGUCAGAGAGCGGAACCUUAACCCGAAAGCUGCGUGCUUAAAAAGAAGAGAAGAGGAAAAAGCCGAGGAUGGUCCUAAAUUACCAGGCCAUCUUGCAGCGCACAUAGCACAUCCGCAUUCUCAUCCACAUGCACACUCCCAACCACCUUUCCCCACAUUACCUGGUCCACAACCUUCCCUUCAGCACAAUCCACCGCAACCGCAGUAGCAGCGGCUUAGUAGCGGUAUCAUUCUGUGUUAAGGGGUAGAUACAUCUUAAAAUCGAUAACAAAAUUUACGGAUACGAUUUGCAUAUCUACAUAGAAAUUUUUUCUGCUCUCAUAUAAGUUGUGGGAGUAUGCAAAAAAUUGUGGAUAUUAUUGUGAUGUGCUGUAUUGGAAAAAAGAAAAGAGGGAGAUUAUAAAAAAAACCAUUCUAUUCUCUAUCAUGUGAUUUUUAUAUCUUUAUUAUUGUAUUAAUGUAUUAAUAUGUUAUAUAUUUUAAUAUUAUUAUUAUAAUUAUUACUAUUAUAAUUAUUCGUAUAAAAUCUGAAUCGUGCUUUGAAAUCAUGAUUUAUCUAUUCAUUUUACAAUCUGCAUUUCAAUGUUACUAUAAAAGCGGUAUAUAAGAAUAACCAUAAUUUUUUUGCAACACUUCUACAACAUGCAGUUAAUAAGAAAAGUUGUAUGCUCACACAAGCAUAGUGCAAGUAGUUUUAAGAGGCAUCUACCCCCUCAGGCGGCUUCAAAUUAUUUUUAUAAAUAGCGGAAAGAAAAAAAAAACAAAGGAAUAUGGUUCCUCUCUUUCGAGAUAUAUAAUGUGUAGUACGAUCGAAGUUUUAUUAACGGUCGAACUUCGCUGACUCAUGUUAAAUUGCCCAUUUCUGUGUGUACACUACCGUUUACGUUAUAACGCGCAAUAGGUAGGAAGAGAACUCGAGUUGGCUGAAAACAGAGUCACUGACUAAAGAUAAAAAUAAAGGCAACAUAUUUCCGAUUUAAUUACAGUAAUUAGAUAUAUUUUUCCAUUAUCUAAAUUAUGACGAAAUCGGCAAAUUCCGAUGAUUGAAAAUCUUUUGCAAGAUUUAUUCAUUUUUUCAUUGAAUAUAGCUUGUACCGGUGUAAAUAACAUAGAUUAUGUCGCCUUUAUAUUGAUCAUUAGAUACUGGCAAUACUGUAUAUAGAGACUAUUGUUUAGAAGCGUUUCAGAAUAUGAAUGUUGAAGAUGCUAACGGUUCGUUCACGCUCGCGAAAAACGCCACCCUGCAACUGAUUCGCGGUGUGAUAAGAAACACAUUCCGAUACUUGCAGCUUUUUUCUUGGUACAUGCAAUUUUAUUGGAAACAAAGAAAACGAGUUUUUUUCAUUUCUUAUGUUGAAUUAAAAAAAUUUGCUUUCAAGCUAAAAAAUAUAUAUUACUGAAUUAUAAUUUAAUAUGUAUGGUAUUAUGUAUAUGUGAAAACAUAUAUGUUAUAUUUAUGGAUUUAGAAUAUAUAAAUGGAAAUAUUAUCCAAUUUAAAAGCGAUAAAAAAGCUGCAAUUUUCAAAUAAUAAUGAAUAUUUCUUAUGAUAUCGCGUUAUGUAAAAUAGCCUAACUUUUAACAUUCAAUUAUUAUUAUCUGAAAAAAGAAACAUGGCUACAAAGAUCCUACUUAACAAAGUUAUCAUAUGUAUUUAUUUUAUUAUUUUUUUAGCGUUUUAUGGCUAAAAUUAUUACGUACGCCAUUUAAGUGCCAUUUAGAACUCUUGAUUUUAACAUCAAGCUGGAUAUUAUUAAAACAUUCAGUUAUAGUUUAUGUUAAAUAUAAUUUAUAUCUCUUACAUGCAGAUUACUUUUAAUCAGUAAGCCAUUUUAAUUUUUUUGAAUUGUAUAAAAUAUUUCAAUAGCAAUUGUGGGAAAAAAUAGCGUGAACGAAACUGAAUCCGCAUCCAAAACUGAAAGCGUACUUUAUAAGGAAUAACACUAUAAAAGAUAACAAUCGCGCAUUUCAAUGAAUAAUUUGUUAAUUAUUUUAUUUCGAUAAUCGUUCGGACGAUCUUUAAUCUAAGAAUAAUGGAGGAUUUUUAAUUUAAGAAGCCAUUUUAGAACAUUCUUGAAUUAUAUAUUAAUCAAUUUUACUAAUUAUAUAUCUUUUUUAUUAUCUGUGUUUUGACACAAAAGGAUAUAAAUUAAAAUGGAAUAGAUUGUUUUAUUAAUAUAGCAAAAAAAUUAGAAAAAAAUUGGGCAGUAAAAGUACGCAUAAAAGAAAGCUUUAAGAAAUUCAAAAUUAUCCAAAUUGUAUGCUUUGUUAUCACAGCAAUUUGCUAUGGUGAGUGCAUUGCAAUAUAUCAUCAGCAAGAAUUGGGAUACAUUUAUAUAUUAGACAUGUGUGUUGCAAAAAAUAUUACAAUGUCUACAAUGCGAAAUGCAUCCUUAUCAUGACAUAUAAUAACAUAUGUUCAAAGGAUGCACUUUGCAAUGCAUUACACAAUGUCUUUCAUUAUCGAUGUUGCUGGAAAGAAAAGAUUUUACAGGGUUUUGGUAUAUUGUCGAUUCACUCUGAAUCUUUUCGGGCCUUCAGGGUGUUCCUCUUCCUGCGCUAUCUUUGCCAUUGAUCAUUUGGGCAAAAUUUUUGUACUUAUAUGUACGCGACAAAGUGGAAUAUAGAUGAAACAAACGGAAUAAAUAAGCUUCAUAAGAUGUGCUUAAGAUCGUUAUGAACACAAUGCAACUCGCACAAGUAUGAGAAGAGACAAACCAAUCCCAAUCAUAAUCAUGAUUAAUUAUUAUUAAUUAUUAUUAUUAUUAUUUUAUCAGUUAAUUACCGCUAAUGAGAUCUUUCGCGAAGGAAAAGAAACGAGACAUUUUUGUUUUUGAACAAAAAUAUAGCUCAAACGUAUCUGUACCCAGUUGCCAUGUAUUUUAAUUUAUAUUUAAAUUCUUAAAUAAAUUUUAUUGAAAAAAAUGAAAAACCCAACAAAAACGAUUGAGUGUCCGUGUUUACUUCGCCUCUUUUUUUACUCUAUUUUCUCUUUUCCCCUUUCUAUUGAGUAUUUUCUUGCACAAUGUACAUGCGUAGCUAUAUUUUUCUUCAAAAAUAUAAAAGUGUUUCAGAGUUUGAGAAUGGAAGAUUAUAUAAAUAUUAUAUGAUUCUAUUCAGAUUCUGUGACAAACCUUUUCCUUUACAUCAUUUGAGAGCUAAAUUCAUAUCAAAACAAACAUAUGUCAAACACACAUAUCAUGUAUAUUUAUUGUAGUUAUGUACAAAAUAUUAUCUCUUGAUUAAUCUUUAAAUGUCAUAUUUUUAAAUGACCAUUUAAAUUAAUUUUUAAGUGGACUUUUAUCUAUCGUUUUCGUAUGACCAUGUUUUUCUGAAUUACAUAAUUUAAUCAUUACAAAUUGUUUACAAAAUUAUGUAAUACUUAUAAAAUUAUAUGAUUAUCUUAAGCGAUAAUAUGCUGUGUAAUAUGUAUUCGGAAUUUCAUUCAAGAUUAAGUUUAUAUAAAUUGGUUUCCCUUUGUCUAUGUUUAGGUAUCUAUACAGGAUUCUCAAGUUUAAUAAUGAUUUAAUGUUUGUCGCAUUCACAUGAGAUAUGAUGUGUUGGAAAAUUUUUAUGAAGUACUCUGCAGUUAAACAUACACAAAUGUGAAAAUGUAAAAUAAAAAUCAUUCUAUGAUUGCAAGUCUAAUGCAAUUAUACAGAUGGCUAAGAAAUACUAUUGAUGAUAUUCUAACAUAAUAUUUGAUACAAUAUUGACAUUGUAGAUAUAUUUUUAUUUUCUGAUGUUUUCAAAUCAGUCAACAAUAGCAGACCAGAAAACUAAUAAGAUUGUUCCAAUAUUGAUUUUUAUAAGCUGUAAGCUCGUUUAAAUAUUUUCUAGGAAAUACUUAUCGUAAAAUCAUUUUUGUUCUCGAUCAGGAUCUAUAGAUUAGAAAAUCUGAUCGGCAAGAACUCGCACAACCUCGCUCCAAGUUUAAUUAAUAAUUAUUAAUCAUGCUCCGUUGCUUCGAUGCGACGCUUUAUUAUAAAAUCAUACUUAAAAAAAAAGAGAGAGAAAGAGAGAGAAAAAGAACGAAAAGGAAACGAUAAUUGUACAUUGCGAUAAACUGCAGAAAGAGCCGCUCACAAACACUAAUAAAAUAUACGAUCACACACUUGUAUUCGCGAAGGUAAUCAUGUAAAAUAAUAACGACAAUAAAUAGCUCGUAAGCCAGUCUAAGCUAGACACUUGUCGAUAGUCGUAGAUAGUCAAAGUAAAGCUGAAGAGCAAAGACACCGUUUAUACGGGAGAGGGAUUCGAAGUCAAAAUCAUCGGCCAUAAAGGCUCUUUCACACAGACCUUUGUACAUGAAACGAAAUAAUUAUGCUCUUAAUAAUGGCGUUAUUUUCGAAUAAGUGCGUAUCGAGGAUACCAAGAGGCACCGCAUUUUUUGUUUAAUAUAACGAGUUGGUAAAUUCCGAUAAGGAAUUAACUUAUAUGAUUACUGUUAAGCAUAAAUAACAAUGAGAAAACAUAAGAAAUUAUUUGUUGCUGUCUAAUCGUGUAAGGGUUCAGUUUUAUUGGUACAAUUGCGAAUCGAUAAUUAUCAUAUCAUAUAAGAUGUAACUAUAUUAGAUAUAUAAUAUUGUAUAAUAUGUAAUAAAAAAAGAUUAAUGCGUAAGAGUGAGUUGUAGACAGUUUGUGUGAAUGGGCCUGAAGGAUAUUGAAACCGAUCUCUUCGACCCUACAUGCGAUUUAAAAGAAUGCGACUAUUAAUAUUAAUGAAGUAUGAGAUGAAUAUAUAAAUAUAUAAACUCUCUUCUCUUAAUAAGAGAGAAAAAGAGAAUAAACGAAAGAGUGUGAGAGAGGGAAAGAAAGAAUGCGAGAGAGUGAACAAAUGUAUCGAUUGAGAAAGAAAAAAAAAUAUGUAAUUAUAUCAUUAGUAUAUAUAAUAUUACUAUCACACUAAUAUAAUAAAUGUGCCAUUUUUUCCAUAAUCGCAGUGUCGCCUAUGGAUCCUUGGCGAUCCAUUAAACUUUUUCUUUUUUGUUUUUCUUUUUAAUAUAUCAUUCUGAUAUAUGCUAUUUACCAUCAUUUGCUUUUUUUUCUUUCUCACUCGUUAUUUUAUUUGUAUAUUGUAUUCUCAGUAUUUUAGAUAAUAUUUACAUUAUGUUUUACGUUUUGCUCCUACGAUACGUUUCGGUUUAAGUUCAAUUAUACUUUAUUGUACGCAGAACUUUACGAUUAGCUGCAUUAUGCACAGUAUGUAGAUAUUUUAGACAUUAAUUAACGAGUACAGCACGAUUUGUACUUGCUCAUCGUCUGUAACUGAUGACGAAUACAUUUUACGAAUUAUUGCAGUACACGUAUAAACAUUUGUAGAGUCCCAUAUUUUGGGCUUUAUAUUUCUCGGCUUUAUAUACCUCAUGUUAUACAAGACAAGAUCAACGCGUUACAAUUUUCAUACGCCACAUAUGAUCAUUUCUUUAUGAAGAGGGAAUAAAAACGCAAACGGAAAUAAA